ACAAAAUUAUUGUAUUAAGAAGUACAUGUAAUAGGAACAACUGAAAUAUUACUUCAAAAACUUUUUGUAACUUAAUAACAUAUUUUACGUGUAAGAUAUUUCACAAAUUAAAAUAUAUCCCAGAGACAUGAGUUUCUUAAAGAAAAAUUAAACAUUGUAAACUUAUGCCGUUAAUAAGUAAAAUUUAACGUGUAUAUAUAUAGCAAAUUGAAAUAUUUCCUCUAUUGGCAACCAAGAGUAAAGUUAUUUUAUUUUUUAAAUAUACUGCAUCUUAUGGGACGUCUUGAAAUAUCAUCAAAUGAAAUGAAAAAAAAAUAGAGGGAUACUCCAGAAUUCAAACCAAUUCAUAAGCAUGUAUGAUAUAUUCAAGAUUAAUGAAAUCCUGUUCAGUUGUUUCUAUUAUGUAGUUAUUUACUUGUCAACAUUAAGAAGUGUCAUUUCUAUUUUUAUACAAUCUAAAUAAUUUAUAUGACUUAUUGUACCGCUUAAAUUGUUUUUAUCGACUAAAAUUUUUGUAAUUUAGCUCAUAAAUAUUUUUUUACGUGUUUGUCUAUACUCUUGUCCAGUGAAUAUUAUUUAUUUUGUUCACUUUCAAUACUCAAUAGAGGGUCAUAUUGACAUCGAUGAUUAUAAUAAUUUAUAAUAAUGAAUUAACAAGAAGAGUGUGGAUAUGUUCUGGAUGUAUAAUACAUAUAUAUCUAUGUAUUCAAUCAAUAAUAGGUUUUAGUUUUUUCAACAAAUGGAUAGCUUUUUCUUCUAUUAAGUCAGUCAUUUAAUAAUGUUUAAAGUUUAUUAAUAUAAAACGUGCAAUAACCUGUUCAAAAAAUUGUAAUUCAAUAUGACUGAUAAAUUUACGUAUGGUGCGUGGCAUAUUUUUAAUUUACUCAUAAUUUAAAAUUCAGUAGAAUAAAUAUAUCGAUACUGAUAGUAUCAUGUUAGAUCUUCCUUUAAAUGUAUUUUUGAUGUAGACAUUUUCAGAGUACAUAUGUUAACCAAUUUUUUUACUUAAUUUUAGUUCAGACUCGAUGAUUCUCAACCUUUCGUGUAGUAGGUAAUUUUUCGCGACUCGCUGUAUCAGUUUUUUAAAAGUGUAUUACAUUCUAAACUGAUGUCUAAUUCUAUAAGUGAUACAAAUGUCAUUCAUUUUGUUCUCGGCCAGCUAUGAUUUAAUGUUUCUAGUUUUGAUAUCUCAUUUUAAAUAUAAAGGCAUUACUUUCAGUUAUUUAAAGUUUAAUGUUCUAUUAAUAAAACAAUUAUUCAGAAAGAAUACACGAUAUCAAAAAAUUUAGUUUAUUGUUAUUUAUAUUUUUUGUAAAGUAUAAUACUUUUUAAAAUAAUCUCCCAUAUGUAAAAGUGGCUACCUGUCGGAAGUACGAGAAUUGAAUUGCGCAUUAAAACAUUCUGAGACGUGUUGCGCUAGCGCAGCUGCAACCAAUCACGUUGGAUCUCUCUAAGCGCGCUCGGACUUGUUCACUGUGACGUUUUGACGUUUAGUUCGAUCGUGAAAGUCGAUUGAAUGGGUGGUUUGAGUUUGCCUAACAAUAAGUAAAGCUAGUCGUCCAGACGUUUUAUACAGGUAACAUUAAAACAAUUGCGACGUUAAUGUGUGUUCACGUUCAGUGCUAAUGACAUACAAAGUUAAGGACACAAGGACACUGGAAUUGGAACAGUUGCGAAGUUUUGUGAAAACGUUCCUUAAUAGUGAGGAUAUCCGGUAAUGGCGGCGUGGUAAUUUGAGUGGCGAUGGUCGAUGCUCCUCUUUCCGGGUACCGGCGUCCAUUUUCCUUGUUGGCUUGUCUAAGAUUGGCGCGUUUCCCAUUUACGAAGGAAUUGUUUGUCAACGAUUAAAUCACAUAAUAAAUGGAGGGCGCGUCAGCUGGCAGAGGUGGAUUUCGUGGACGUGGUGGUCCUGGAGGUCCUAUGAGGGGACGUGGUGGUUUUGGAGAUAGAGGAAGGGGUGGACCUCCAAGAGGAGGAGGUAUGAUGCGUGGUGGUCGUGGCAGUGGACCUGGAGGUGGCAUGAGAGGUGGACCACCUGGAAUGAGAGGUAGAGGAGGUCCUCCUGGCAGAGGUGGUCGAGGUGGACAUUUUCCUCCAGGAGGUCCAGAAGGGGGAAUGUCCAGUGGACCCGGUGGUAGUGGACCUCCAGGAAUGGGAGGUCCGCCACGUGGUGGUAGUAGAGGCGGAAGCAGCGGUUUUCGCGGAAGGGGAAGGGGAGAUUUUGGCAGAGGAGACAGUCGCGGAGGCAGUAGUAAUUUCCGUGGACGAGGAGGAAUGGACAGAGGCAGUCGAGGAGGUUCCAGAGGUGGAUCGGGCAGAGGUGGUCCAGGAGGUAGGGGAGGAUUUGGAGAUCGUGGAAGCAGGGGGAGUGGACGUGGCGGUCCAUCGAAACGCGGAGGUGGUCCACCAGGUUCCAGUGGACCCUCCAAGAGGCCGAGGUUCGAUCAACCAUCUUCACAACCUGCAAAUGGUUACGCAACUCAAGCAACUAGUCAAGGAUACGGAGCCAGUAAUGCCUAUGGACAACAACCGGCACUGCAGCAACAAGCAAUGGGAUACAACAGUGGUUACGGAUCACACAAUUAUACUCAGUCGUCGUAUCAGGACUACGAAAGCUAUCAACAACCACCAGAUUACGGGCAAACAGCGGGAUAUCCACCAUCCGCUGCCGCUGAUAACAGGUACGGCGGAGCACCUGCUGUUCCAGCUGCAGGAGCUUUCAGUGCCGGCGAUCCCUACAGUUAUGGCAAAGCACCGCCAUCAGCUAAUUACCAGCAGGAGGCAGUGGCAGCAGUAGCAGGGUGUGGGGGUGCAGUUUAUGCCCCCGCUAAUCCCUACGAUGACCGAUCUUCUAAUUCCACUUCUAUGACCGACAGGGGUGGUUACUCGACGCAACCUUAUGAUUAUUCGAGUCAGGAUGGUGUAUAUGGAAAACAGGAUUAUGGUGGCAGUGCUGGUUACCAAAACGCCCAGUCUCAGCGACGUUAUUAAAUUACACAUUCAACUAUUUAAAUUUAUAUAUUAGAACCACACUUUUCCAAAUUCUCGAAAGAGUCGUUCCCAGUGCGUGAGAACAAGUUGGACAAAUAACAAAUUUGUCACGACUAUACGAGUAGUAAAGUAAUAAUUGAACGAAGAACGACUUUAACAUUAAGGAGGAAAGGAAAAGGAUUACACAGAAUGCACCGUAACGAAAUUUUCAAUCAUAUUUAAUCCUAUUUUUGUCGCGCGCAAGGGGAGAGAGAGAAAACUUCGUUAAGUUUGCGCGAGUUAGCGCAAAACUUUAUCGUUUUUAUCACGAUAAAAAGUAUAAAUGACAAGAGCGUUUUAUACUUGACUAGCAGUAUAGCAUCUACUUUGUCAUGUUUGUCUAAAAACUUCGUUUAGAUUAAGUUUAAUUUGGUGUACAGUACAAUAGACCCUGAAAAAGCUGUCGCGAAACACUCGCUAAGAGGUGGCUGAAAGUACCACAAGUGCUCAAUGUGCGCGACAUGGAUGAACAGAAGACAUUCGCUGUCUACUGCUACGCAAUGCAAAUCAUAGGAGUGAGGUGUGCAUUUUUGUAAAGUGUACACAUAAGUGCACAUUUUUUCCUAUAAUCCGCAUCGCGUAACAUUCGACACGUUCGCAUAGAACACUGUUACAUUGUGUCAACCCUUGGCGGCGUUAGUAUUUCGCGGGAGUUGUUUUGCGGCCCAUUAGACACACUUUUCGAGCAAAUCUGCGAUUGUGAAAUAAUUAGCUAUUAAAAUCGUAUAAUUGUCUUCAUUGUAAUAGCAAGGGCAAAAGAUAUUUACACUAUUUGUAAAGUCAUUGAACAGUCGAUCAUUGCGAACACAGCUCAAUUAUCGUUAAAGAAUUCUUAGGUGUAAAGAGAGAAAUAAAAACGAAAAAAAAGGAAUAUGUCGUACGUCCUUGUUGUAAAAGGGAAAAGUAAUUGUAUUAUUGUAGUGUGUUUUCGUUUACAUUUAACAUAAAUCUAGAAAUUUCAAACUUGUAUCGGAGUGUACUGCUCUUUUAUGCGUCGACAGUGCGAUUAUCGGUCAUGAGAACAUUUUCGAACAAUAUAACAACCAUUUUUACGAUGCAAUAAAAUCAGUCUUAUUGUUGCGAUGACAUCUCGUUUCGUACAUCUUUUAAUAUGGAAAGCAGUUCUGCGUAGAGGAUGCGUAAACGCUCUGCUUAGGGGUGACAAAGAAAGGUUUUGUGUUUUCGUUGGUACUUUGAAGAUUUCAUAACAUGACUUAGGAGCUUAUUUAAAAAAGUGUUUAAACGAUAAUUCAAUAUCACUAGAAAUGUCACACUGGCAGAGACAAUCAAAAACAAAAGCUCUAACGAUUCACAAGAAUGGACGUUUGUUUAUCAUGUUGAGAAAUAGUGUAAUUAUCCAAAGAUCAACGCGUGUAUGUAGUUGAAGAAACUUGUCCCAGCCAAUUGUGUACAUUAGAGUACAGCACCAUUUUAGUAGGGCAGGUAAUGAGACCCUAUUGUUUCGUUUAUUAUAUGAAUAACUAUAAAACUAUCUGAACUGUAUUAAAUUCAUUGUCGUCUGUCAUCAGCAUAGUGAUAUAGUGAAUCGAUUUAAUAUUGUAAGUAAUAGAGUAACAAUUUAAAUGAAAAAGAAACAUUGAAACAAAGAUAAUCAUAAAGAGAAAAAAACAAUAA